AUGUACUUCCUGCGCCUCACCAAGAUCAAGCCCGCCGUCGAGCAGGUCGCGGCGGCCGCUUGGAAUGGCACCACCAUCGGCGGCGAGGAGGCCCGCAAGGUCGACCGCGUACUCGACGUCCGCCAGGGCGAGCUGUGCUGGGUCGCCGGUACCGUCUACAUGGACAUGGCCCUUAAGCCCAACAUUCUCGAAGACGUGUCAAAAGAUCGCUGGCUGUCUGCGCCGAUCUCGACACAAAAAUACUACUCCGACGACGGCACCGACCAGGUCACCCUCGAGGACGAUUCGGGCCGCAUCCGCCUCGUCGGCGACAUCCUCAAGACGGUCCCGCUUGUGACAGGCUGCAUCAUUGCCGUCAUGGGUACAGAAAACACGAGCGGCGAGUUCGAGGUGCUGGACCUCAAGGUUCCCGAUCUACCGCCCCAGCCCGAGCGCUGGGCGCUCUCCGGCCGCAGCGCCAAGAGCAACGGCGAGCACAAGGAGGAGGACACGGAAAUGACAGACGGCGGCGACUCGCCCGGCAACAGCCACAAGCAAAUAGCCAUCGUCUCGGGCCUGUCGUUUUCCGGCGUCGAGGCCUCGGCCGGCGUCGAGGUCGGCCUACUGCUCGAGUACCUCCUCGGUGAGAGCCUCAGCGCCGGCAUGCAGGCGCAAGCCUCGCGCAUCAGCCGCCUCAUCAUCGCCGGCGACUCCAUAAGCACCGCGGCGGCGGCCGCGGCCGAGGAGGACAGCAAGAAGGCGGCGGCUUCGGGCAAAAAGUACGGCUACGACGCGAGCGCGUACAACGCGCUGCCGUCGCAGCUCUUUGACCAGUUCGUCAGCGAGCUGCUGCCCUCGCUGCCCGUCACGCUGCUGCCCGGCGCGCGCGACCCGGCCAAUGCGAGCUACCCGCAGCAGCCGCUGCACACGGCGCUGUUCCCGUCGGCGCGCGCCUUCAGCGCUGACCCCUCGGCCGCGGACGGCUCCGAUGCCGCGACGGGGUGGUUCGACAGCGUCACGAACCCCUGGGAGGGCGAGAUCGAGGGCUGGCGCGUGCUGGGAACGGGAGGCCAAAACGUGGACGACGUCUUCAAGUACGUCGACAGCGAUGACAGGCUGGGCAUGAUGGAGGCCAUGUGCCGGUGGCGGUGCUGCGCGCCGACCGCGCCGGACACACUGUGGAGCUACCCGUUCCAGGACGACGACCCGUUUGUGCUCAAGGCCUGCCCGCACCUGUACUUUGUCGGCAACCAGCCCGAGUUUGGCACGCGCCUGAUCCACGGGCCGGACGGGCAAAGCGUGCGCCUGGUAGCGGUGCCAUCGUUUUCUGCGUCCAAGGAGGUUGUACUGGUGGACAUGGAGACGCUGGAGGUGACAAAGGUCAAAAUCGAGAUGUCGUAG